AUGGAGUCCGCCAACGUGCCUCCUAUGAGCGCGUCUGCGAACGAAGUAGAUCCGACGAAGCAGGAGCCUGACGUCGGUGCGGACGAUGCGUCGGUGAAGAACGAGCCGAUGGACGAUACGGCCGACGCUGGCGUGCAACCGUCAGACGAUGCCCCUGUGGCUGAGGCGGAGCCGGAAGCGGAUGCAGAAGCAGACGCUGAUGUUGAUGCUGACGCAGAGAUGGAUGGCGAGCAGAAAGAGGACGAGGAGGAGGACGAAGAGGAGGAGGACGAAGAGGAGGAGGACGAAGAGGAGGAGGACGAAGAGGAGGAGGACGAAGAGGAGGAGGACGACGAUGGCUACGGACGUCGUGCCAAGAAGAUGCGUCGCAAUCGUUUCCUCGAUGUAGAGGCUGAAGUCGAUAACGACGACGAGGACUUUGACGACGAAGAAGCUGAGGAGCUCCUUCGGGAAGAUGGCUUUAUUGCUGACGAUAUGCUGGACGAGUCGCGUGAGGCGCAAUUGCAGUCCGCGGCGGACAACCAGCGCCUGGAUCGCACUCGUCGUCAGGAAGAAGAAAUGAGCGCCGAGGCCUUGGCGGAGGAGCUUCGGCAACGUCAUGCUCGCAGCUCACGGUAUGCAUCGCAGUCAGACUACGCGGAAGUGCCGCAGCGGCUGUUGAUGCCGAGUGUGGACGAUCCUGGUCUGUGGCGCAUUCGAUGCAAGCGUGGGCGUGAGAAGCACCUGGUGGCGACGUUGCUGCGCCGUGCAAUGAUGCGCGAGGCGUCCGGCCACCCGCUGAAAAUCAUCUCGGCGUUCUGCCGUGACUCGCUGGAGGGACAGAUCUUUGUUGAGGCGCGUCGUGCGGACGAUGUCGUGGAAGCCUUUGAUGGCUUGGCAGGUGCCUACACGACGAACCAGAAGCCGUUCCUUAUUCCGAUUCUGGAGAUGGCCGAUCUGCUGAAGCUACAGAAGAAAAAUACCGAAGUGCCUGUGGGCGGAUGGGUACGUAUUAAGCGCGGCAAGUACGCGGGCGACUUGGCCCAAGUGCUGGACGUGGCGGAGAAUGGCGAAGAAGUGGGUGUGAAGCUUGUGCCUCGUAUUGAUCUGGCGCCGAACGAGCGCGAUACGUACACAGACCGCGCCGGGCGGAAACGCAAGAAGCCUGUGAAUGCGGCGCUCACAGCCGCAGGAUUCCGCCCGCCGCAGCGUUUGUUCAAUGCGGAAGAUGUGCAGAAGGCGUACCCGCAUGAGCUUCCGACGAAGCGGGGUGGUGUGUGGGUGUUUGGUGGCGAGACAUUCCGCGAUGGAUACCUGGAGAAAGAUUUCCGUGUGACGGCGCUGCAGAUGGAGGAUGUGAAUCCCAGUCUGGAUGAAGUGCUCAAGUUUACCGGGGAGGCGCCUACGGAUGCGGCCGGUGUGGAUCUGCAAUUGCUGGCGGACGCCUCGAAGCGUGGCUUGGAAGCGACGCUGCAGCCUGGUGAUCACGUGGAAGUGUUUGAAGGUGAGCAGGCGGGUGUCGUAGGCACGAUCGAUGCGAUGGACGGCGACGUGGUGACGAUUGAGCUACCGAACGAUGCGCUGGAUGGCCAAAAAAUCGAGGUACCGGCGAAGAGUGUUCGCAAGCGUUUCCGUGCUGGUGACCACAUCAAGGUGCUGGCCGGUAAGCAUGCCGAUGAGACGGGUUUGGUGGUCAAAGUCGAGGAUGGUGUCACAACAUUCUUAUCCGACCUAUCGCUGAAGGAAGUCUCGGUGUUCUCCAAGGACAUUCGUGAGGCCGCCGAAGUAGGCUCCGGUGUGAAUGUGAUUGGCGGGUACGAGCUGCACAAUCUUGUGCAGCUGGAUGCGCAGACGGCCGGUGUGAUUUUCAAGAUUGAGCGGGAGUCGUUCAAGGUGCUGGAUCAGCACGGGCAUGUGGUGACCGUGCAGCCGCAUCAGAUUAGCCUGCGACGCGAUACGGCACGUGCCAUUGCGCUCGACCACAAUGGCCACGAGGUGCACAUUGGCGAUAUGGUCAAGGAGGUGGAGUGGCCACUGUCGCAGUUCCGGCAGGGCCAAGUCCUCCACAUUUACCAAUCGUCGCUGUUGUUCAUUCACAACCGCGAGUAUACCGAGAAUGGUGGCCUGUUUAUUGUGCGUGCGAACCAUGUCGAGCCUCUCGCGCCGACAUCAGUGCGGCCACGCACCGACCCAUCGCAAAUGAAUCCUGCGCUCAAGGCCAUGGACGCGGAUGGCGGUGCGAAUGCCUCGGGCCCUCGCCGUGGCGGCCGCGAUAUCUUUGCAGGCAAAUCUGUCGCGAUCGUGCGUGGUCCAUACAAGACGUACCGCGGUAUCAUCAAGGAAACGACAGGUGGUAUGGCGCGUGUCGAGCUGCAUACCAUGUCCAAGAUCCUCACAGUGCCGCUGGAGUACAUGGUCGAAAAGAACCCUGUGACCGGUGAGAGCCGUCGCUUGGUCGGCCCAGGCCCUGCGGCAGGUAUGGCCCCGAAUCCCUACUCGCAAGUGCCUGGUGCUGGCGGUAUGACGCCGGCGUACACAGGUAUGGGCGCAGGCGGGAAGACCCCGGCGUAUGGCGGUGGCAUGGGCACCACGCCCAACCCAUACAGCAGCGGCAUGACGCCCAACCCGUACGCGGGUGGCCGUACGCCAGCGUAUGGCGCUGGGAUGGGCACGACACCCAACCCCUAUGCCGGCGGUCGCACACCAGCGUACGGCGCGGGCAUGGGCACGACGCCGAAUCCCUAUGCGGGUGGCCGUACCCCUGCCUAUGGCGCUGGAAUGGGCACCACGCCCAACCCGUAUGCCGGCGGCCGCACGCCAGCGUACGCCGCCGGGAUGGGCACGACGCCCAAUCCGUACGCUGGUGGCCGCACGCCAGCAUACGGCGCGGGCAUGGGCACGACGCCCAAUCCAUAUGGUGCAGGGACCACUCCGAAUCCGUACCACGACGCCGCGACGCCAGCGAAUCCAUGGGGCGCGCCGUCAGCUGCAGCGCCAGCGCCAGCGCCGGCCCCGACCAGCUUUGUGGAAGGAAUGUGUGUGCGUGUGGUUCGCGAUGCGACGACAGGCACGACGUACCAACGUGGCGCGUACGACCGGUCGAUCGGACGCUUGCUCGCACGCAACCCGGCCGUGUGCAAGGUCGAGUUGGCCAAUGGCACGCAGCUGAGCGAUGUACCGAGUGCGUGCAUUGAGCCUGUGCGUCCCACAGCCGAUGGCGAUGCAUGUAUCGUGACGGACGGCGCAUGGCGUGGUUCCCGCGUGACGGUGCUCACGUACGAUGCUCAGCGCUGUGAGUGCACGAUGGGCGAUGGCCAGCGUCAGCCGUUCCCUACGAUCCUUCUUGCGAAGGCCAUGUAG